UAAUCAUAAAAUUAUAAAAACAAAAUUUAAAUCCAAAAACAAAAACCAAAACUUUCUCGUAAAUCCAAAAAGUUUUGAUAUUUUUUUUGAUAUAUAUAUACAGAGUGAAUGAUAAGUAAAUUAUGAAUGAGUAAGAAUCAUGUGAUUCACCACCUCUAAAAGGAGCUAUAUUAAAUUUGUCUACCCACAAACCAAACCAAACCCUUUUGUUUUUUUGCAGUUGUUUUUUCAGAAGUUGUUUAACAUUUUUAGUUUUAAAAGAGGUUUCUUGUUGUUUUUGAUUGUUGGUUUUUGUUCCAUCAAUGGCUGCAAGUGCUUCAAGGUUCAUCAAGUGUGUCACAGUAGGAGAUGGGGCUGUUGGCAAAACUUGCAUGCUUAUUUGCUACACUAGUAACAAAUUUCCUACUGACUAUAUACCCACUGUGUUCGACAACUUCAGUGCAAAUGUUGUAGUUGAAGGAAUCACUGUCAACUUAGGCCUUUGGGACACAGCUGGACAAGAAGAUUACAAUAGAUUGAGGCCCUUGAGUUACAGAGGGGGUGAUGUCUUUGUGUUGGCUUUCUCCCUAGUUAGUCGGGCGAGCUAUGAGAAUGUACUUAAAAAGUGGGUUCCCGAGCUUCAGCAUUUUGCUCCAGGAGUUCCGUUAGUAUUAGUUGGAACCAAACUGGAUCUCCGUGAGGACAAGCAUUAUUUGGCCGAUCAUCCUGGAUUGGUACCUGUAACUACUGCACAGGGAGAGGAGCUUCGCAGACAGAUUGGUGCACUAUAUUAUAUUGAAUGCAGCUCAAAAACUCAGCAGAAUGUGAAAGCUGUUUUUGAUUCGGCAAUCAGGGUAGUUAUCAAACCUGAACCAAAACAAAAGGAGAAGAAGAAAAAGCCAACUCGGGGAUGCCUAUUAAAUGUCUUCUGUGGGAGGAGGCUCGUGUGCAUGAGAUGAAGCACAGCAAGGAAUUCUCAAUUGAAUGUUUUGACUGCAAAUAUAAGAUUCGUUAAGCUGUCUGAUUUCUGAGGAUUUGAUUUACAAAACCAAUAGUCUAUUUAAAUUGCGGUACAGCAUGCUUUGAAUGUCAUUCAUUUGAUGGCAGUUAUCAGUUUCCAAUUUUUAUAUAUAACCAAUAGUUGGAAAAUUAUCUAAUAUUUUUGUAUACACAGCCUAGAUGUACUGGUAUUUUUUGAAGCUCCACUGCACUAUCUACAAAUUCUUUCACCA